CUGUCUGUCUCAACUCUCUCAAACACUUCCCUCUCAACUCUCAAACUCUCAUCUUUCAAACUCUCAUUGGCUGGCCCGUUUUGUAAUUUUAUACUGUCAUUGACCUUUUUAGGCAUCCUCAAAUAGCUACUGCCCAGUUGGGGUUUAAUCCAUAACCAUAAGCGUGGUCUGAUCUGAGAGUGCUGGGUUUUUUUUUUUUUUAUUGGAUUUGAGGGAGACUUCCUGUCAGAGUAUGGAAUCUUAUUGAGUUGUAGAAACUGCUGGUUAUGUACAUUCACAGAGCUACACUUGUACAACAUCACUUGGUUUGACUGGUACUAAACAGUCAUCUUUCUGUAACACCUCUGAAACACUAGAAUCAUUGGGAAUGGAUUCUGAGACAGUAGUGCAUAAUGGCGGGUGCCACUGCAGGAAAGUCAGAUGGCGUGUCCAAGCUCCCACUAGCAUUGUAGCUUGGGAUUGCAACUGUUCUGACUGUUUCAUGAGGGCUAACACCCACUUCAUUGUCCCUGCUGAAAGGUUUGAGCUUCUGGGAGAUUCCGAACAGUUCCUUACGACCUACACCUUUGGCACUCAUACAGCAAAACACACAUUUUGCAAAGUUUGUGGCAUAACCUCAUUUUAUUUUCCACGUUCAAACCCAGAUGGAGUUGCAAUUACAUUCAGGUGUGUUGAUCCUGGAACACUAACCCAUGUUGAGAUUAAGAAUUUUGAUGGGAGAAAUUGGGAAAGCUCGCAUGCUAAGACUGGCAUAGCUUCACUUUCAAAGGGGCAAAAUUCUGCCAACUGAAGGGCCAAAAUGUAUUUAAGCCAGGUAAAUUACAAACACAAGCUACCAAUAUCAACAAUGAGAAUAAAUGGGAAGUUGAUGACAUUUGUUAGUUUCAGAACGCUUAUGGAGAUAAUAAUUGGGGAUUUAUGUUUUUGGACUCUUCAUGGAUUAUACUGCACCUCUUAUGCUAGGAGUGGUAGGGGUGCUAUUUUGCAAAUUUGUUUUAUUUAUGGUGUUGAUAGCAGGUUUUCAAUAUUUCGGGUGCAAAGUACAAAAUACGAAUACCGCCAUAGUUAAGGGUGGUUAUCUACAAUUAACUUGUAAUAAGUUAGAUAUUGAGAUUUGAGACUUUAAAAACCCUUUUGAUGGUAACUCCUUGAAUCUGUUCAGGGAGCUAUAUCACAUACAAUUCCUGCAUUGUGGCUUAAUUGGACCAACAAAAUUCACCACAUCAAACAAAAAUCCAACUCAACUCCAAGUCAGCCGAUUCAUUGACAGAGCUUCUCACACCUCUUUCCAAUGGUAACCUUCUCACUCCGAUGACAUCAACCACCCCAUUUUCUCUGCCACCACCACCACCACUGUUGUUAACCAUUUCUCGCGCCAAUGACCCCAUGAUGAAGCUCACACCCACAGUAUUGCCAUCGCAGUUGCCACAGCCCCACACUACUCGGCCAAGACUAAACCCACAAAAUUGCCACCAUGGAUAGCAGAUUGUUUAAUUAUGAAUUUUUAACGUGAUUUAAUUGUUACUAAUUUGUAAUUCGAAUUUGGUCUUGUGUCGAUUUAAAGCUUCUCAUGUAAGCUUUCAUAUGACGCUGCCACAGGACUUUGACUACAUUGUGAGUUGUCACUGUUUAUAUUUUUGUUAGUUAGGGCUUAGGACUGCUCUAAGGGGAUUUGAUAUGUAGCUUAGUUUGAUUUUCUACAUCUUCUUUCUUUGACAUUUUCGUUUUGCAUUGUCGAUGUUUGUAUGGAUUCACUUAUGUUGGUCUCAAAUGCCUUCAUAAUUUUUAAGA